AGAAAUAAAGCUAGAACCACCACCAUCACAACCCAUAAAGUCAUGGCGGGAGUGAUUUUCAAAGGAGCCAUCGUGGUUAGUUCGAUUGGAGAAACGAUGAGGACGAUGUGAUCAAUCAAAACAAUUCAGCCUUCUCCUUCCUUCUUCUCGUUGUGCUCAGAUCCCCUUUGCUAAUUUGGCUUUCAGAAUUCCGAUCAAUAGAACCUUAGCUUCAUAAUCAUCAAAAAUCAUAACAUCAAUUUCAAAACCAUAACAAUGACAGAAUGCAACAAAAGAAGACAAAAGAGAAGGUGAGAAGAGCGAUUUUAGACUGGAUUCAACACUAUUGUUGACAGUGGGUUCUACGGCCAAAGUUUCGAAUCAUGCAAGGAUCUCAUCUCUUAUGCCAACUCUGAAAUCGUGGCAAUCCAAGAAGCAAUGUGUCGUUGAUGCAUAUCAUUGAAACCCUUCCAAGCAAAGGUUAUGUGGAAUAGCCCUUGAGGCUGCAACAAGUCACUGCUACCAUUGAGACUUCAACAUAUGUGGAGUAGCCUUUUUCUUCAUGUGUUUUCUAUCUUGUGGCGAUUUUUUUGAUGCAAAACAGCAAAGUGAACAAAGGAAAAAAAAACAGAAAACAAGAAAACCCCUACUGCCUAACUUUUACAAAACCCAGAGAAUCAGCCAGAAGCAAGGCCUCCAUUCCAGGUGGGGGGUCUGGAAGGUGGAGGAGAGCAUGCUCCUGAGAAGCGCCUGCUUUAGCCAAAAAAAAUCCGCACACGCAUUGCCUUGAGCCACCCAGACAGUCCAAUCUUGGUUCAACAGCUCCAAGAUAUUGCGAACCACGACAGCUUCCACAUGAAAAUGAGAUGGAGGUUGUUGGAUCAAGUUGACAGCCAACAACGAAUCAGAGAAACAAUCUACCUGGCGAUGCCCCAAGUUCCAAGCUAUUUACAAUCCAUGUAAGAUGGCUAGAAGUUCCAUUCGAAGCACUGACCCUUGAGCAUUGUAUCCCAUAAAACCAGCAAGCCAAACUCCGGUUGAGUUCUGAAUGCAACCACCUAAACCCGAUCGCAACGGCACACCCAGAGAGCUGCCAUCACAAUUAAUAGCAACCGCAAGGGCUACCGGAGCUGUCCAAGACAUAGCCGAGGGUGGGCAACAGGCUGCGAUGAAGACCAUAACUGCAACAGAAGGUUCCGAUGCUCCUGGAUAGAAUGCAGAAGCUUUUCCUGCGAAAUGUAGGUCCACCUCAAAUAAAAGUGUGUGAUUGGAGAAGAUGAUAGAGGUGGUGCUGAACGAUCGGUUGGGGAAGAAGGUUCGGGUGAAGUGCAACGAGGAUGACACGAUCGGUGACCUGAAGAAGCUGGUGGCGGCUCAGACAGGUACAAGACCCGACAAGAUUCGCAUCCAGAAAUGGUACACAAUCUACAAGGAUCACAUCACCCUCAAAGACUACGAGAUUCAUGAUGGCAUGGGCCUCGAGCUCUACUAUAACUAAUUCCUAGCUAAUAUCCUAUGCUAUGCUGAUUAAUUCACCACCAUAUGUGUCCAUGUAUAAUGUAUCUUUCAUUCAUCUGCACUAUGGUCAUUGAACCCCAAAUUUGUUUUCCUUUUUAUUAAUUGUGAUUUCGUGUAUCUUCUUACUCUACAAUGAUCAUUUUUCAUUCCAA